AUGUCGUUAACAACUUCCCAAGUUGACAUUGUCAAGUCAACAGCUCCUGUACUCAAGAUUCAUGGAGAGACCAUUACAUCCUUGUUCUACAAGAACCUGAUUGGUACCUACCCCGAUCUCCGCAACAUCUUCAACCUCAGCCAUCAACACGACGGCGCCCAGGCCAAAGCUCUAGCUGGUGCUGUGCUUGCGUAUGCCACCUAUAUUGAUAAGCCAGAAUUCUUGGCGUCCACGAUCGAACGUAUUGCUCAGAGACAUGUCAGCCUCAAGGUCACGGAAGAUCAAUAUGCUCUUGUUGGCGAGCAGCUUAUCAAAGCCAUUGGAGAAGUCCUUGGCGAUGCCCUCACAGCUGAAAUCGCUGAUGCGUGGACGGCUGCGUAUGGCCAACUAGCCAAUAUCUUUAUCAACCGCGAGAAGCAGUUGUAUCAAGAGGCCGGCGAGUGGGAUGGCUGGAGGAAGUUCAAGAUUUCCAAGCGCGAGAAGGAAGCAGAUCUCAUCACAAGCUUUUUUCUGGUCCCAUCGGAUGGAAAGACACCAUUGCCUCCGUUCCGUCCUGGUCAGUAUGUCAGCCUCCGAAUCAAUGUACCUGAGCUCGGAGGCGUCUUUCAAUGUCGUCAGUACAGUAUGAGUCAGGCACCUCACAGUGACUACUACCGAGUCAGCAUCAAGAAGGAGAGUUUCACUCUGGAGGAAAAAGACGAACCCCUGCCGGGCACUGUCUCCAAUCUCCUUCAUAACCACUAUCAGGUUGGAGAGGAGGUUGAGAUGACAUAUCCUCGUGGCGAAUUCUGGCUUGACAUCGAGGAUGAUAGAAAGGCAAACGCACCUCUCAUUUUAAUAUCGGCGGGGGUUGGUGUUACGCCUUUGAUGUCGAUGCUCGAGUCAGUUCUCAGCUCGCCUCGUUCGAAGAUGGCAAACAGACCUAUCCUCUGGCUCCACGCAGCUAGAACAUCGCAACACAUGGCUUUCCGCACACAGGUUCACAGUGUGUCGGCAGGCCGAGAGAACGUCGAGACUUUUAUCUGGCUCAAGAACGUGUCACAAAACGACAAGAAGGGCGAAGACUAUGAUUUUGAGGGACGAUUAGACCUCGAUAUUGUGUAUCAAGUGAAGAAAGAAGAGUUGGAAAACAAGGAAUCUCAGUUUUUUAUUUGUGGACCUGCUUCUUGGAUGAUAGCAACAAGAGAUAAGCUACAGAGUUUGGGGGUUGAGCACGAGCAAAUUAACAUGGAGCUCUUUGGAACUGGUAGUAUCAAUUAA